GUCGUCCGCGCCGCCAGCCCAGCACUGUUGCGCGUCAUUGCUUUGGGAGCUUUCUUCAUCUACUGUACAACUAUUGUGAUGUAUCCCAAUCCGAAUCUAUACACAUGUACAGCUCGAAUUUGGCUACGCGAAAUCGGUUUCUCACUGACAUACGGCGCUUUAAUGUUAAAAACCUGGCGCAUUUCGGUGAUAUUUCGUGUACGUUCAGCGAAAGCAGUGAAAAUCACAGACGCAGCACUUCUGAAGCGACUUGGCAUUAUUUGCGGUGUAAUUGGAACGUGUCUACUGGUGCGUACUCUGGUUGCACCACCCGAUGUUGUGGUCGGGCGCACUGCCGACGAUCUGAAGGCAUUUUUAUGCAAAACGGAUUAUUGGGAUUACACGUUUACAUCAAUGGAAGUUCUAUUUCUCGCCUGGGGUGUACGCUUGUGUAUUAUGGUACGGAAAGCGCCAUCAGAAUUCAAUGAGAGUCGCUUCAUUUCGAUGACCAUCUACAAUGAAUUUCUGCUGACUUGUUUUCUCAAUGUUUCCAUGCUCUUUCUACAAUCACCAGCUAAUCCUGACUUGCUUUACAUCAUUUUCUUCUGUCACACUCAAUUGACGGUGACACCUUUAUUGGGUCUAAUUUUCGGCAGCAAGGUUUACAUUGUGUUGCGCAGCGGCAAAUCGCAUCAGGAGACCAUUGGCAUGGGCGCCAAAUCCUCCGGCGCUAAAUUCAAUUUUCGUCCACAGGUGCGCACAUACGCUAAUCCCAGCUCGGUUACAACGUCCACAGUGCCCGCAGCGGGCACCACUUCAGGGGAUACAAAGCUUUCCGAUCAGGAGGCACUCGAAGAAAUUCGUCAGCUGAGCAAGCAACUGCAACGCAUUCAAGAGAUGGCACCGCCGAAAGGUGUUGCUGUUAUGACAAUAUCUAGCCUUUUGGAUGGUCUCAAGACGCCAGGCGGCAUGAUUAUGGUCGCCGCUGCCGCUUCUCAGGCCGCCUCAUCGAACAAUCAGCUGACAGUGCGUCCAUUUACGCCCGGUGCCGGGGGUGGCGGUUGUGGUAGCCCCAGCGGCGGCGAUGGCGCUGGCGGUGCCUUACCAUUACUCUCACUCAACAGCGAGAUGGAAAAGUACAAUCAGCAACUGCAGUCAACACACAACAACAACAUCACUCCAGCAGCACCUUUAAGCACAUCGAAUGGCAGUGGUGCGCAACCAAUACGGCCAAGGCCCACGGUGCUGGAAGUGGAGACUAGCACUACCACCGUAGAAGAAUAUGCGCUUGUACCGCGCGAAGAUCGCGGGAUAAAUACCGACUUGACGCGUAGCGAAGACUUUCAUCAGCAGGCGCUGGGCUGUGCGCAGGGCCACAUCAUCUGUACGCGCUGCUUGACUAUUUCUAAGGAGCACUACUUUAGCUGCCGGCCAUUCACACCACCACAUGGUUUGAGGAUAGGUAAUGUUUCUAGAGGCAGUAGAAGAGCUGGCACUUGUGCCGGCGAUGAGGAAGUCUUUGGCGGCGCCACUUGCCAACAACUGGGUUCGCCGCAGCCCGAGGGUAGUAUUAGUUUCGCGAACAUCAAAUUGGAUUGCAUGUGCUCACAGCCAGACUUAGACUACGAGGUUGAGUCGAGUGUGCCACAGCGACGACGCAUCAAUGUACGCAGCGCUGCCACCAACACCCCACCAUCUACCGGCAGUAGUAGUAGAAGGCGCACCGGGCGCGCGAAAACGUGGCAAGAUGUCAUCGGUGAAGGCGGAAGCGCUGAUGUCAGCUACCGUAUUUGUGAUAAUUGUAAAAAUAAGUAUCGAAAUAGCAAUAAAUAUGGCGGUAGAAAGUUCCGAAAAAGCAGCGGACUCACCGCUUCGUCAUCGACGACAACAGCAAUAAAAACUAAGCGGUCCGAUGUCAGUCAGACGCGUAGCAAUGACUUGCUUGAUCGCCAACUACCGCUAACGAUGUCUACCUUUAGUAGCAGCACAGCAGCUGGAGAUCAUCAAAGACCCAAAGUGCACUCCACAGACGAUAUCAUUUUCUAUACCACCACUGAUGAAAGCAGCACCAACAGCGACGACGACUCUUCGGACGGCGUGGGUGAAGGCGCUUGUAGUCGACUGCGGAGACGGCAACGCGAACUGACUUGUCAGUCAACAUCUGCGCUUAGCACUGCAGCCAUAAGCUGUGCGACGCUGAAGAAGGAUGUUGCGGCUGAUGCGGGAACGUCACAAGGCUCCGUGGCGGCAGCAUCAGCAAUACGCGGCGCGGAAGGCGCUGAGUCGGCCGCCACUAAUACGCAAUCUUUGGGUAACGUAUCAAAUGCUUCAAAUGUAUCGAUGAAAAGCGGAGAGACUGCGCCGAAUGUGGGCGAUAACAAUACCAAAUCGAAUGGGUCUGGGCGUGCGAAAAGACCCGAUAAACUAGUACUCGAUCUGAAUGAUCGAACGAAGUAUACCAAAGAGGUUUCCGUUUAGAUUUCCUAGAAGUUUGGUGUGAAGUGUGUAUUUAGUUAAUAUGCUUAGUUAUAUACGAAAAGAAAGUCUGCCUAGUAGAAGAGUAAAAGAAAUUUUGUAAAUUGUAAAAAAACGAGCAUCAAUA